GAAGACAGCUCGGCGAGCCAUACACGCCUCCAAAUAACAGCUGUGUGGACGCAGGCUACAGUAACACCAUUCAGACUUGAGCAAGCUGAAUUGGCAGAGCCAUGCAGGCCCAGGAUCUGAUCCGGCAUCUGCGGAUACCUGAGCUGGACGACUUGAGGCAGUAUGUGCGCAGUUUACCCACCAACACCCUCAUGGGCAUGGGCGCUUUCGCUGCCAUCACCACAUACUGGCUGGCCACUCGUCCCAAAGCACUUAAACCACCCUGUGACCUCGCCAUGCAGUCCGUGGAGGUACAGGGUAGUGGAUAUGCUCGUCGGUCUAUUCUGCAGGACAGUGACACAUACAUGACAUACUACUACAAAGACGCUCAGACAAUGUAUGAGUUUUUCUUACGAGGACUACGAGUGUCAAAUAAUGGUCCUUGUUUGGGAUCACGUCAACCGGGCAAGCCAUAUAAAUGGCUUUCAUAUAAAGAGGUAGCAGACAGGGCAGAGUUCGCAGGUUCAGCAUUACUCCACAGAUGUCACAGUCAAACAGGAGACAAAUACAUUGGCAUCUUUGCACAGAACAGGCCAGAGUGGACGAUUUCAGAGCUGGCAUGUUACACAUAUUCACUGGUGGCAGUGCCACUGUAUGAUACACUUGGAACAGAGGCCAUCAGCUAUAUCAUUGACAAAGCCACCAUCUCCACUGUGAUCUGUGACAUCGCGGAUAAGGCUCGUCUGAUCCUGGACUGUGUGUCUGGCCGGAAACACAGCAUCACAACCAUAGUGAUCAUGGAGAACUUUGACAGUGAACUGACUGCACAAGCACAACAGAAAGGCAUUGAGAUCCUGAGCCUCAAGGAGCUGGAGGCUAUUGGCAAAGCGAACUACAAGACACCCAUUCCACCUAAACCAGAGGACCUGGCACUGAUUUGCUUCACAAGUGGAACUACAGGAAGUCCAAAGGGAGCAAUGAUCACACAUGGAAACGUUGUUUCCAAUUGUUCUGCUUUCAUUAAAGUUACAGAGGGGUUGCUGAAACCUAGUCCUCAAGAUGUUCUCAUCUCCUUCUUACCGCUAGCGCAUAUGUUUGAAAGAGUAGUAGAGGGUGUGCUUCUGGUCCACGGGGCCAGGAUUGGAUAUUUUCAGGGUGAUAUCCGUCUGUUGAUGGAUGAUUUGAAGACUCUUAAGCCCACUAUAUUCCCUGUAGUGCCCAGACUACUCAACCGCAUGUUUGAUAAGAUCUUCGGACAGGCAAACACUCCUCUCAAAAGAUGGCUUCUGGAUUUUGCCUCCAGCAGGAAAGAGGCGGAGCUUAAAAGUGGAGUUGUCAGGAAGGAUAGCAUGUGGGAUAAACUGAUCUUCAGCAAAGUGCAGGCCAGUCUGGGUGGAUGUGUGAGGCUUAUGAUCACAGGAGCCGCUCCGGUCUCUCCCACUGUCCUCACCUUCCUGCGAGCAGCGCUGGGCUGCCAGUUUUAUGAGGGUUAUGGGCAGACAGAGUGUACCGCAGGCUGCACUAUGUCACUUCCUGGAGAUUGGACAGCAGGUCAUGUGGGAGCACCACUGCCCUGUAACUUCGUUAAGCUUGUGGAUGUGGCUGAGAUGAAUUAUUUUGCAGCAAAUGGAGAGGGAGAGGUGUGUGUGAAAGGACCAAAUGUGUUUCAAGGUUACCUGAAGGACCCAGAGCGAACCUCAGAAGCCAUAGAUAAAGACAGCUGGCUGCACACUGGAGAUGUCGGCAAAUGGCUUCCGAAUGGGACUCUGAAGAUUAUAGACAGGAAGAAACACAUCUUUAAGCUGGCCCAGGGUGAAUACAUCGCUCCAGAGAAGAUUGAGAACAUCUACAUCCACAGUGACCCUGUGGCUCAGGUCUUUGUACAUGGAGACAGUCUGCAGGCUUGUUUAGUGGGCAUUUUGGUUCCUGAUCCAGAUUUUCUGCCUGGAUGGGCAAAGAAAAGAGGCAUCGAGGGCUCCUAUACUGAAAUGUGCAAAAGCAAGGAACUGAAAAAUGCCAUCCUGGAAGAUAUCAUUCGUCUAGGGAAAGAAGCUGGACUGAAGUCCUUUGAACAGGUGAGGGACAUUGCCCUGCACAUGGAAAUGUUCUCUGUUCAGAAUGGA